AUGACACCUUUGGACAGCAGCUCCGCCGUUGCCCUGCUUGACAGCUUGAGUCACCGGCCCCGUUACUGCCUGCAGUGCUCCGAGUUCGAGGGCGGCUGCCCAGACAGGAGGAGGACCAACCAAAGAGACAGCGGAGGCGUAAAAGAAAUAUACAAGGCUGGGAAUCUCACGGUUUUUGCCAGCGAUCGCCAGAGUCCCGAUCAGCACCCGAUUCAGUUGGACUUCCAUUUUGCACGGGGCAGCCAAGGCGUCACCCAUUGGCACGGCCUCCUCCGUGGGCACGCACUCUUCCUCGACACACCCCGCCUCGUCCUGGACUUUAACAGCCGUGAUAGCCUGGCUGCAACACUGGAAUACAUAGAAGAAAAGACGGAGGCGGAUCAGGUGUUUGUGAACUUCCACAAGUCUCGGCGCGACCGGGGUGACUUACUACGGGCGUUUGGCUUCCUGGGUUUUGAACUUGUGCGACCAGAUCACCCUGGCCUUCCUCCCUGGGAGGAUACCCUCUUCAUGGUCUAUCCCAUGGAACGAGAACCCUGCCCAGAGAAGGAGCAGGAGACCCUGAAGACAAGCCUGUUGAAGGGCCAGGAUGAGGCUACACUGUUGGACAGUCUCCUUGAAUGAGCUCUCAUGGGCACAAGUCUUAGAUCUGUAAUGCAUUAAAAGGGCAUGAAAUCUCACAUAUCUUAUGGAUGAUCUGCAGAGGAGGACAAGUAUUGGG